GAAGCUCACCAAAGAUCAAGACAACAACAAACUGGUGCGUACAUCUUGUGGUAGUGUUGUGCCGCGGCGUCUGUAACUUCACACUUCUGCCAUGCCUCUGCCGCCUGCGCUAGCCGCCAAACUAGCGAAGAGGGGAAUUAUCAGUGCUCCAAAGGAUCCAGAGCCUGAGUCAGCUGGGGGGACUGAGGAGGAAAUCAUUGCGGAGGACUAUGAUGAGACACCCCAGCAGCCUCUCCCCCAUGCCUACCCCCAGCUGGAGCCACAAACCACAGACCCCUUCCAAGGGUACCCAGGCUGCCCAAACAAGUGGAAUGUAUUUCAUGAGUGCAAUGCAGUCUGUCGGGACCAAUGGAAGGAUCGUAACUUUGUGGACCCUGAGUAUGACCGUCGCCGCCUGAAGAUGCUGGCCAAGUACCCACUACCCACACACUGGCAGGAGGUGCUGGACCCUGGCAUUGGCCGGUACUACUACUGGAACACUGAGACAGACCUGGUGUCAUGGCUGCCUCCUGGCCAUCCCCGCUGCCAGGUGUCCCGUUCUGCUGGCACCCUGCGCAAGGAGAUGGUGGCAGAGAUGCACAAGAACCGCAGCACCUCAGGGACUGGCCAGCAGCAGGAUAAUGACAUUGAGAUGACAAGAGUGGAGAAUGAGGAAGGUCCUGAUGGAGAAGAACAUGGCAGUGAUAAAUCUGAGGGCUCUGGAGAUGAGGGCAGCCAGAGAGACAAGAGAGAGGUGGAGCGGUGGGAGCGUACUGGGGGCAGUAGGGACAGGGACAAGGGGAAAGAGCGUAGCCGAGGGAGAGACCGCCGAGGAGGACGCCGGCCACCACCCACUGAGGAGCUGGACCCCAUGGACCCUGCUUCCUAUGGGGACUGUGGCAGAGGCACAUGGUCAUCUGGAUUGCCACAGAAGAAUGAGGCACGCACUGGAGCUGAUGUGACAGCCAGUGGUCCACUUUUCCAGAUGCGCCCGUACCCAUCACCUGGUGCCGUGCUCAAGGCCAACGCUGCUGCCUCCACCAUUGGUCCCAAGAAGGCGUAGGGUACCACUAACAUCAUCCUGUGAACUUUCCUAUCCUCCUCUAGUAGAUUUGUAUAGGACUAGUGAUACUGCAAGUGCUCACCAUCUAGUCUGACCUUCAAUCAAGUCCCUGAAAGAGAACAUGUUUUACAUUUAUGUACAACAAGAAAUUGGUGUUACCAGUCUUUUUGAGCCUGAAUUGAAAUGAAUCUAGACGAUCCCAAGGGCAUUCGCUGACAGUCUGGGAUACAUUAUAGUUAGUCCUGCAGCAGGACCAGUGAGCACUAUAGGUGAACUUGGACUGGAAGUGAGCAUCAUCAUAUUACCUAUAGUGUCUAAUAAAUGGAGAGUCUUCCAAGUGACCUUGCAAUUCUCUCCUACACUCAUUUUAUUUUAUUUUUUUUUUUUUCAGAAAACUUUCACCAAUACCUCUAUUAUAACUGCUGUUGAUGGGAUGAAUGAAUGAAAUGAAUGUAGUGAGAUGAAAUGGUUAUGAAUGAAUGAGUGAUGUUUCCUUACAAUGUUCCAAGUAUAAACAUUUCACAAAAAGUCUUAAAUGUUCCUUAUAAGUAAGCAGCAAUUGUUUUCUUAUAAUAUGUACAAAUACAAAAAUAAAGUCAUGAAUGUCA